AUGUCUUCAUUUCAACGUUUAGUGAGGUUCAAAGCUAGCGAUGGACAAGUAUACUUUGGGGAAGCGCCCGAAGGGUCUUCUCUACUAAUUGGCCAGAAGAGCAAAAUAUACUCGUCAAAUCCUUUGGAAGAAGGGGCUUCUCUAUCUGGGGACGAGAAAGAGAUUGCUGAAGUUCUGAGCCCGCUUCCUACAGUGCCAAUUUUUUACGGGAUUGGCUUAAAUUAUCGUCAACAUGCCGCUGAGGGAGGGCAAGCCAUCCCCAAGUAUCCAAUAGUUUUUACAAAGCCGCCUGAUGCCCUCGCGGGCCCAUAUGAGGACAUCCCAGUGACAAAGCCCCUGGCAGAUAUGAUGGACUACGAGGGCGAGCUCUGUGUAGUGAUUGGCAAGCCUGUCAAAGACCUCCCAGAAUCCGCAAACCCUUUAGAUUACGUCCUUGGCUACACAGUAGGAAACGACGUCUCAUCACGAUGGUGGCAAAUCCCCGAGCAAUCCGCUGGUCAACACGGCUACGCAAAAUCCUUUGACAAGUUCGCGCCCAUCGGACCCAUCCUCGUCUCUACGAAAGUCAUCCCCGAUCCGUCUCAGCUCACAUUAACUACCAAAGUCAAUGGCGAGCAAAGACAACAGACAAAGACCGACGAUCUGAUCUUUGACGUCCCGGAGAUAAUUAGGCAUUUGAGUAGAGGCACAACCCUCCAACCUGGCACAGUCAUCAUGACUGGAACACCCAGCGGGGUUGCGUUCUUUUUGAAACCGCCACGUUUUUUGAGACAUGGAGAUGAGGUCGAGGUCGAGAUUGACAGGAUUGGAAUCAUCAAGAACAAGAUGAAAUUUGUGUAG